AUGGCAAUUGAUAUGAAGUGGAGACAAGCUUUUCACCCCUCCUUUCCCCCUCCAGACCCACCUGAGAAAUGCAAAAAGAGGAAACGUGUAGGGUGGUGCAGAGAUAAAAUUACGCGUUAUUAUUAUGAUGCCAGGAUCAAGAGAUGUAUGCCAUUUGUUUAUCGUGGCUGCGGAGGCAAUGAGAACAAUUUUGAGUCUUACUGGAAGUGUUCUCAGGUGUGCGAACCAUUGGGUAAGUACAAAUCAGUUUUUGAAUCUAUGCUUCCCACAUGCCAACAGCCAUUAGACACAGGGCCAUGCAAAGAAAACUUUCCUCGCUUUUACUAUGACGCCAAAACCAAGAAGUGUAUACCUUUCGAAUUUGGUGGCUGCAAUGGCAAUAGAAAUAACUUUAUGAAUGAAGCAGAAUGCCUUCGGGAGUGUGGAAGCCCUGGUAAGGAUACAGAAAUUUUUACAACUUUUCCAGAGAACCUAAGGAACCUCUUGACAUGGUUUAUGCAGUGA